ACAGGAAGAAAAGACCAAGUCCUUGUACCCAUUUUACGAUAGACAAAAAUCGAACGAGAUGAGGGUUAAUAUCCUCAAAUAAGAUGUGCACGCCUUUCGGUAUAUUUAUACCAAUAAGCCCCCGGCGCAUUAAUCCUUGCAUGCACUAGAUCAUAAGAAGUGUCGGCUAAAGAACAGAUAUUUUCACUUCCUUGUCAGCACACUGGAUCUUUAUUGUGAUGUAGUUCGGUAGCACAGCAAUAUGUGUACAGAAUAUGUGUUAAUAUAUUGUCUCUGGGGAUUCUACUCACAGUUCGUCGCUUCGGUUCUAGCUUACGAAAACUUAGCUUUGAACAAACCAGCAUGGCAGAAAUAUUCCUACCCUAAAAGACCUUGGGAAGCAAAGCGUGCCGUGGACGGACGGUAUACAGACCUCUCUGCUGCUGGAGGACAGUGUACGAUAUCUGGCAACUACAAAACAACAGCAGAAUGGCGUGUAGACCUGGGAAGAGUACUUAGCAUACACCAUAUCUUUAUACAGUACAGGACAGCUAAUAAACCUUGGGAUACGAAUAAUGGCUUUACUGCUAGAUUCCUGGGAUAUUCUGUUUACAUAUCAAACUCAACCAAUAAAGACAAUGGGGUGCUAUGUUUUAAGGACACCAACUAUACCAGAGCCACAACACCCAACCCUACAAACAUCACGUGUAUCACACACGGGAGAUACGUCAUCUAUUACAACGACCGGACUAACCCUCCGUAUCCUUCUUAUUAUGAUAAGUACGCCUACAACGAGCUUUGUGAAGUUGAAGUGGACGGAUGCCCCAUACCAGGAUAUUACGGAGAGGACUGUUCCAUACCAUGUCCUCAAAACUGUCAGGAAGGUUACUGUAACAUCGUGGGUGGAACGUGUCUUGGCUGUGUCCCUGGAUACACAGGAUCGAAGUGUGAUACAAAAUGUGUUGAUAACAAGUACGGUCUAGAGUGUAAUUCUACAUGUGGUAAUUGUUUGAACGGUGUUAUGUGUAAUUAUGUGAAUGGAAGUUGUCCGAACGGAUGUGUCGCAGGAGUGUAUGGUGACAAAUGUGAUCAAGAGUGUCAACCGGGAAGGUAUGGAUUUAACUGUAAGGACAACUGUAGUAUCAACUGUGGGGUACAAGGGAUAUGUGACAGGGUAACAGGGAAAUGUGAAGGAGGGUGCAAAGCGGGAUGGAGUGAUGAUCAAUGUAAAAUAAAGUGUCAGAAGGGUAAAUUUGGUCAAGACUGCACCGAGUCCUGUGGGAACUGUGUACAGAAUGAAGCCUGCCAUCAUGUGAAUGGUUCCUGUCUAAAUGGGUGUAAUCCAGGAUAUGAAGGAACCAACUGUACUCAAGGUUGUAAGUGGGGAUCCUUUGGAUACAACUGUAACGAAACGUGCCGAAUAAUUUGUGCCAAUAAUGGCACGUGUAGCGCCACAACAGGAACAUGUGAACUGAUUGGUGCAGCAAAAAAUCCAGAAGGCGACAACUCCUCAUCUGCUGCUGCUGUUGUCGUCGUACUAAUUCUCGUUAUUGUUGUCGUUGUCAUUGUCAUUGUGGUUAUAAGACGGAGAAGAUUGAACACUAAGAAUGAGAAAUCACAAACCCAUAGACAAAUCCCAGGAACGGAAGAAAAUGCCAAUUUGAACAACAGAGAUGAGAAUCUCGGAUGUGCUAAUACAUAUGCAAAUAUGGAAUCCAUGAAAAAAUCUGCUACAAAGUCAGAUGGCAAUAAAACGGCAUCAGACUUAUCUGCUGCAAAAAAAUAUGACGUCAAAGAUGACGACGAGGACGAAGAAGGCAUUGAGAAUCCCUAUGGGGACUUAUAUUUAAAUGAAGAAACCAUACCUGAUGUUACGAUUAAUGAGCUUGAAAAUGCUAUUAUGGAAAGGAAAGAAAAUGAAGAGGAUGGAUUCAAAAGAGAAUAUUCUAUGUUACCAUAUGGAGAACAACAUCCCUGUGAAGUUGGAAAACGUCAGGAAAAUCUAGCGAAAAACAGAUUUAAAACUACUUUUCCUUAUGACCACUCUCGGGUCAUUCUGAAAGGAACCGAUGCUGAUUAUACCAAUGCAAACUACAUCAGCGGAUUGGAUGAAGAAAAAGUGUAUAUUGCUUCACAAGGUCCGAAACAGAACACACUUAACGACUUCUGGACAAUGAUCUGGCAGGAGAAGGUUACACAAAUUGUGAUGUUGACCAACUUGAAAGAGGGAGUGAAAAUGAAAUGCACCCAAUACUGGCCAGAAAAUAUGAAAUCAAGACAGCACGGAAAUAUCGUCAUCAAGAACGUGGAGGAAAAACAGUACGCUUUUUACGUCAUCAGAAAACUUUCCGUUUCCCAUAAAGAGCAAAAAAAGUCAAUUGUUGUAAUGCAAUACCAUUACACCACGUGGCCUGACCAUGGUACCCCGGACCCUCUCCGUCUGGUUGUUUUUCAUUGUCACGUAAUGAGAACCAGAAGCAACAAGAUUAAAUCACCAAUUGUUGUACACUGCAGCGCAGGGAUAGGUCGCACAGGAACCUACAUUGCGCUUGAUGCUCUAUACAAGGCGGGUAAAGCGUCUGGUAAAAUCAAUGUAGCUGAGUACGUAAAGAUAAUGAGAGCAAACAGAAUGAACAUGGUCCAAACGUAUGAACAAUACAUGACGAUAUAUCUGGCGUUGAACGAGGAAUUCAAGGCUUCUUCUGAACCACAAAGUCUUCCUGACUUUACAAAGAAAGCGCAAAGUAUUACAGGAGAUCGCCCAGCUAAUCAAACAGGCAUCAGAAAGGAGUUUGAGAGAUUAAUGAAAACUCGACCAGAAUACACAAAAGCUGAUUACAAGAACUCGAUUCAGCAUUUAGGGAAAAAAAGAGAAAAUACCGUUUUACCUUUGGACAAAUACAUGCUGUAUCUAACAUCGGCUGUUGCAAAACGAGGCAAUUUCAUCAAUGCAAUACAUGUUUCAUCUUACCAGAAAGAUAGAGCGUUUAUAGUGACGCAAUAUCCGACACCAGAGGACGCUGUGGACUUCCUACGCCUGCUCAAUGAUCAUGAAUCUGAUACAGUUAUCUGUAUGAAUCCAUUACAUGAAAUAGACUCGUCAAAGUCAUGGAUGCCACGACUAGCGUCCUCCAAGAACGUGUCACCAUUUGUUGUAGAACACGAGUCUGAGAGUGACACCGAGGUCAAGGUCACUACAGUCAGCAUCAUACGCGGGGAGGAGGCACCGCAUUCCGUAGUUAUUGUAGAACCCAAGGGACAACUAAAAUCAACCGGAACUCCUCCAGACACAUCGUUUCUCCGAAGCAUAGUAUCAUAUACUCGCAACCUUUCAACAGAAAACCCCAUCACUAUUGUCAGCAAGGACGGUGCAUCAUUGUGCGGUGUCUUCUGUGCUGUGUUUAACUCCAUACAACAAAUCACUAUGGAUGACAACAUUGACGUGUUUACAACAGUCAGACAACUACAGACAAGCAGACCAGAGUUCUGUUCCACACAGGAGGAGUAUUCCUUGGUGUAUUCAACGUUACAGGAUUACAUUGAAACAACAUCAGAGAAUGUUUACAGCAAUCAAUAGAACGACAUGUUGAUAUCGGUUCUGUGAGAAUUCUGUAAUUCGUAUUUAAAAAGAAGAACAAUGUGAGAAAUCAAGUAGAAGAUAUUCGAUGUAUAAUUGUUUUAAUUCUGUUUACUGCCAAAGGAAACACGUGUCUAUGUAUUGUCAGAAAUUCUUUCUGCAAAAAAAAAGAGUUUUAUUUAUCUAAUGGGCGCACGUUUAUUUCCUGUACAUACACCCUGUUUUCCUAUGUUCUUGUCAUAGUCUGUACAAGCACCCUUUUUCCUCCUAUGUAUGCAUGUACCAUCCUCUCCACGUACCUGUAUUGCCGUUACAUAAACAUGUUUAUUGUUGAAUGAUUUCUGGCUGUUAAUUUCUAAGAUUUUAUUUUUGAUAUCAUUGAUUAGAAUAUUAAUUACAUUUUGAAUAUUUUUUUUAUUUUAAGCUUCAUUUCAAUUGAUUCUCUGUUAUAUAUCUUCACAUCAUUCUAUGAACUGUUAAAACAUAUAAUUGUAUUUGCACUUAUAGCUUUGUGCCAGUUAAUGAAAUCAUUUUUGCACCCAUAUGAUUAAGAUGGUGCAAUUUUGUAGAUACUGAAAGAUAUAUUAUAUGAUAGACUAUCGCUAAAAGAGUCUAUAACCAAUUUUUGGGGGGUUGAUCUUAAUCAACUCUCUCAUGAAGACAAGCGAUAAAUGUGAUGUAAUGUAGUCAGAAGAAUUGUUUUUCAAUGAUAUUUACUUAUAUAUAUCUAAAUCUCCGAAAGACUGUCUGCUUGUCGGAGAUGUACAGAGACAUCCGAGCGUCUGGUUGAACGAGACAAUAAUGAACUCUGGCUGGUUGAACGAGACAGGAGUUCAAUAUUGCUCGAUUCCUUAAAUAUUUCGAUUACUGAUACAGAGUUUGAUGAACUAAUUCUAUCUAUAAAUACAUGUAUUACACAAAAUGAUCCCUAUCGUGUUUUUAUCAUAAUUCUUGUCGGAAAAACACAAAAAUUCAAACCGGUGUGAUAUAGUGCCUUUUCCCCCUAGCCAUCUUUCCCCCCGGAAAAAUGGCUAUAUAGCAGUUCUUCCCCCCGGAAAAAUGGCUAUAUAGCAGUUUUUCCCCCCCGGAAAGCUGACUACAUAGUGGGCUUUCCCCCUUUUUAUAGCCAGAUUACCCCCACGGAAAACCUAUUAUAUAGUGGAUUUUCCCCCAUUUUUACUUUCCGGUCAUGUUUUUUGCGGACCAUUCAUGACAAUAAUUUGCAAUAACUGGUAUGAUAUUAAUUUCUCACGAAAAGGAUAAUUAUGGUAUUAAUACACAGAGUAAUAUACAUGGUUUUUCAACCCCAAAUAUGAACUAAGGCAUGCGCCUUCAUAACAUGCAUGUGUCAUCAUCGUUUAUUUCACCUGUUCUCACCCCCUUUUGGAACACCGUUUACACGGAUUUCGGAAUACCUCGAAUCUUUUUCAUCUAAUCGAUGCUUAUCUACAGUUUUGACUUCGACGUUAUGAACACGUGAGAGCACAUUUGAGUGAAAAUACGCCGGUUUGGAAAUUUUAUUUUCCAAUGUAUUACCAUCAAUGUAUAAGCUUCUCCCAGGGAACUAACUGACCAAUCUUGACUUAAUUUUGUAGAGGAAUGGAAUAAAAAGUGGAAAAGUAUUACUCCCUUCGUCCAAAAAGCUAUCAAUUUUAAAUUAAUACCGUUAGAAUUGACGAUCUUAAAAACUAUUAUAUAUUUCUUCUUCUAAAUAUCAAACGGGAGACAGGAUGCAAUGAUAUGAUGAGAAACUGAAAUGUUUUAGUUGUACUUUGAUUGAUGGGGUUCUAAAUCAUGAGUAAGGGGUAUUUUAAUUAUGUAUUAAAAGCAUAUGUAAAUUUUAUGUUUACCAUUUCGUUUUAAAGUUACGCAUAUUCAUAUUUUUAAACACAUUUCUACGAAACACUAGAUAUUAUGAUGUAAACAUUUAAAAAACAAUGAAAUGUCUUCACAACCAGAACAAUGUCGGUAUCUUUGCUGGUUACUUUGGAAAAUGUGAAAUGGAGCCUGAACUAACUUUAUGUUUAUAUUGUCACUCUUUAUUUGCUAAUUUUUUUCACUUUUGAGUUUGCAACGUGAUUUAUAAAUAUACAAUUUUGAAAACGAUGCUAAAUAAAUCAAGAUAUACGAUUCAAUUACCUAAAAAAUGUAUACUAUUUGUUUCAUAUUUUUGCAAUAAAGAUUUACUUGUGUACCAUAUUAUUUCUUCGAACAAUUAAACAAGGGUGAUUAAAAAAACCCAAAAAAACAACCAACACAUAUAUUGUGAUGAGCUGACUUUUUUUAAAUAUAAGCUUGUUCUUCUAAUCAACUAACAAGUAAAAAAGUCGUAUAUGCGCUUAGGUUGGUUAUUUAUUUUUGAUUUUCGGUUUCUCCUUUAAUGAAUAAAAGUUCAUUGAUUUAUUUAUCUAAAUAUUUAUUAUAUAAUUAGUCAUCUUAUGAAUUGAUUAUGUAAUUUUCAGAGUCAUCUUCAAGUGGUAAACCAACGCCACUAUAAAAAUAUAGUGAUAUGGUCAUCUCUGGUCUAUGAGACAUUGGACCCUAAAGAAUAUGCACUAUAAUUAUUAUAAUAGGAUUUUAAAAAUCGGGCUCUGAAACUUCGGAAACAAAAUUUCUCUAAAACAGAGGUUUAGCCUGGAUGAAAUUUUCACAAACAGACAAACAGUCUGAUAAAUUUAUCAAGAAAUUCUUAAAACAUUCUCGUUUAUUACAAUUUCAGAACACAGAGUGUAUAACUUGUAAAACUUUUUUACAAUAAAUUACCUAAAUUAAGUUCUAUGUGUAAUUCCAUUACACAUAUGUUUAACUUUCAGCAUCGUCUAUAAAAAUAAUAAUCGGCAAAACGAAACUUAACCUGUACAGAUGAAUGCAGAUAUACAUGUAUGCAGCCUGGGAGUGUAGAGACAUUGAUAUUAAUCCUUACUGGAUUUCCAUAAAUAUUUUUUAUAAAAUCUGAACAAAAAACGUGAGGGAGAAACCCUGAUAUGGGGGAAAAGCUACUAUAUGGUAGCUUUUUUCCCCCGGGGGGAAAGGCUACUAUAUAGUAGGUUUUCCGGGGGGAAAAGCUACUAUGGGGGAAAAACUGCUAAGCAACCCCGGUAUUAGAAAAAAAAGUGCAUCAUUCUAAUACAGCUAAGAAACUACUAGCCAUUUGAAAUUACACAUAGUUUAUUUAAACCAAAUAUUGUCCAUAAAAUCAACUCUCAUCAGUACCUCCGUACUUUGAUAUUAUUGAUGUUUCUCGCAUUAUCACCGGUGUCAGAUCGCUUUGACCAGUGUGAACCAGCACUGAGAGAAUUGUCUGCUUUACACUCUGUAUUACAAUACCGCUGUAAAACGUAAUUAAACAUCGUCUGCUGUAAAGAAUUGAAUUGUUUGAUUUGUUUGUUUUAUUAAAAUCUAUCCUAUUUUCA